AUGAAAGCUGACUGCCAAAUUCAGGGCUGUGGGGUGGAUGGAAAUCUUAAAUGGGGCUUGAACAGCACUUCUCACAACAAGAAAUCAAUAUGCCAUGCAGCCUGGAGUGUCAAACUGCUAUCUGCUGUGGCCGAGGCGUUGCUUGCAGGGAACACCCCGGACGAGAGCGACGUACUGGGCAGUGGGCUAGCUCACCUCCAGGUGGACAGUUACAUCGCCUUACAGGGUAUCCUGCAAGCAAGAAAAUAUAGAUUCCAGGACAUGAAAUGUUUGAAGAUCUCUAGGCUGGCAAAGUCCAAACAAUCAGGUAUGGAAGAUUGGCGUAAUGAACCCAAUGACGAAGUAGUACAAAGGGGUUAUGGAAAAGAGGGAUCAGGUCAGGAGGAGCCAACCAUCCUUAGUUUCUCCCCACAAUGCUGCAAGCACACAAACAGACUCCUUCCACUCACCAGGGUGUAA